AUGGAUGACAACAAAGAUACUAAGGAACUAAAAGCAGAAGAAACUACAAGUGAAAAUACAGAAAAAGAAACAGAAGGAAAUGUUAACGAUGAAAUAUCAAAUAAACAAACGACUCAGGAUGAUGCAGGUCCUUCAGGAGCAGAACCACUGCCUGGUUCUAUUCCAGAAACACCGAGAACAACAUUCCAAACAAACCCAAACAAAUCUAAAUCAGAACAUAACAUACGACAAAUAAUUACAACUAUAGACGUAGCAAAUGCACUUAAAACUAUUAGUUUCCACUCAAGUCAUGGCAACAAAACUUUGAUAAUGAAUGAAAUUAAAAUUCCUAUAGACAAAAAUAGUGAUAUGGAAAAAGAUGAUUCGACAACGUUUGUCGAACUUAAAAAGUUUAUGGCGACAUGUUUCAAAUUUAACAAAGAUGUAGCUAAUAACGUUACAACAGAAGUACCGACUAUUGUUCAACCGUUAAUAGCUCAAGAAAUGGCUAAUAGCAGUUGCAAUGUGCAGGCUGAAUCUAUUGCGAAUGUGAACAAUGAAGUUAUUGUCACUAGUACUGCUCCUGUAGAUGGUAAACUAUUGAAAGUUAGUUCUGAAAAUAAGAAGAAAAUGUCAGGUAGUCUGUCGGAGCGGUCAGACUACGGGUUGGCGCAGAGAGAUUCACUAUCUAGUAUUGGAUCUAAUGUUUGCAGGAUUUGUAUGACAAGAGGACGAGAAAGACUGAUAUCUCCAUGUAACUGCAAGGGGUCUCUAGCUAAUGUCCACUUGAGCUGCCUUGAACGAUGGCUGAACCAAGUUGGGAGGAAUCAUUGCGAACUGUGUGGAUUCAGCUAUCCAGCUAUUAGAACACCAAGAUACACAGUACUACAAGCUCUCCGACUAUGGUUCGGUAACCCUCGAAACAGGAGCCAUUUGCAGUCGGACUGCCUAAUAUUCUGGCUGCUGUCCACGGUGACAGCUGGGCUGUUGGCCGUAUGCAUUGUUGGCACACAGUACUUUGUUAUCGAAGGCAACAAAUUUGGUAAGCUUGACGCAAGUAGAAAGGAUGAAGGAAUAUCCCACCGCAUAACAGAAACUGCUAUGGACUUCUUCAUGGCUGUGGUGUUAUGCGGUUACUCUGUCACCGUCUACUUGCUCUGGAAAGACCACUACGUCAUGUGGAACCGCUGGAGGCGAGCCAAUGUGAACGUGAGGCUUCUUCUCAGCCCCGACGCCAAUCCAGUACCUUUUGUCCCCAGGGGAAGGUAUAACGUGGUUUGA